AUGGCAAGCAUAGGCGACAGUAAUGCCACUGGCCCUCGGGAUGUUUUUCUAUUUGCUCUCAACCGUACCUGUUCUCAUGUCCUAUGCCGUUUGCUGUCGGGACAACCAGGAUGGAUUCAGUCGAACUAUCACUUCAAACGUGCUUUUGACUUUGCAAGAGAAUCUUUCAACUGGGGGCCAAUCAAUUCCGUAUCCCAUCAGCAACGUCGAGAUUUUGAAAGUCUCCUCCAAGAGGGGUUUGAUGAAAUUCACGAGGAGCUGAAGGUCGCCAAAACUCAGAAUAUGUCUAUGUUCCUUAAAGAACAUACCUUCUACGUCUGGGAGCCGUGUAAGCUCUCAGAGCAUAUGUGGGAGGACGUAAAAACAAACCCAACCAUAUUCCCUGACAAGUUCCUCCUGCGAUGGAGACCAAUAUUCCUAAUUCGACACCCGGCUCUCACGUUCGAAUCUUGGUAUAGAGCCGAAAGCGCCGCUCGUUCCAUUGAUCUUGCUGAUAGGUCAUGGGCGUUCUAUACGACAUAUCAGUACUCUCGCCAGCUCUAUGACUGGUUCUUGUUCAAAGUUGGAGAACCUUCUAGACCUAUUGUUGUUGAUGCGGACGACAUUCUUGAUGGCAGUCCUACAAUCAAGAAGCUGUGCAAUUCACUCAGCAUGGAUGAACAACAUAUCCUUUACAAAUGGGAUACGAUCAAAGCACCUGAGAACGCUGGCUGUCGCGAGCUCAAGUUCAUGAGUGAAUAUUGGAAUUCAACUUCAAUUGACAGCUCAAAGAGCUCUCGGGGAGUCAAUUUGGAUGCUGUUUUUGGGCGAUGGGUGGAGGACUUUGGAGCGGAAAAUGCUGAAAAGCUUAAGGGUCUUGUCCAUGAGUCAAUGGAAGUCUACAAUUAUUUAAAAGGUAGGAAGAUAUAA